CCCCCGGCAUGGACCCGAGCCCACGAGGUGUCUCGGCCACAGCUGCCACUUGGUCGUCGCUGCGGGCCACCGCGGUCGCAGCCAACAGCCCAGCCGGGGUGGUUUCCAGAAAGUUGGAGGAGGGUUUAAAGCCAGGUGCGCCCAGUCAGCUCGCCAUGUCCAGAUCCGGAGACAGGACGUCCACCUUCGACCCCAGCCACAGCGACAACCUGCUGCACGGCCUCAACCUGCUGUGGAGAAAGCAGCUGUUUUGCGACGUGACCCUGACGGCCCAAGGCCAGCAGUUCCACUGCCACAAGGCCGUGCUGGCCUCCUGCUCCCAGUACUUCCGAUCGCUCUUCUCCAGCCACCCCCCUCUUGGGGGAGGGGUCGGCGGCCAGGACGGCCUGGGGGCCCCCAAGGACCCGCAGCAGCAGCAGCAGCAGCAGCAGCCUCCACAGCAGCCCGCGUCGCAGCAGCAGCAGCAGCAGCAACAGCAGCAGCCGCCACAGCAGCCACAGGAAGAACCAGGGACUCCUUCCUCCUCCCCCGACGACAAGCUGCUGACCAGCCCCCGAGCCAUCAACAACCUGGUGCUCCAGGGCUGCUCGUCCAUCGGGCUGCGCCUGGUCCUCGAGUACCUGUACACGGCCAACGUGACCCUGUCCCUGGACACGGUGGAAGAGGUGCUGUCGGUCAGCAAGAUCCUGCACAUCCCCCAGGUCACCAAGCUCUGCGUGCAGUUCCUCAACGACCAGAUCUCGGUGCAGAACUACAAGCAGGUGUGUAAGAUCGCCGCGCUGCACGGCCUGGAGGAGACCAAGAAGCUGGCCAACAAGUACCUGGUGGAGGAUGUGCUGCUGCUCAACUUCGAGGAGAUGCGCGCCCUGCUGGACUCGCUGCCGCCCCCCGUGGAGUCGGAGCUGGCGCUCUUCCAGAUGUCCGUGCUGUGGCUGGAGCAUGACCGCGAGACCCGCAUGCAGCACGCGCCCGACCUCAUGAAGCGCCUCCGCUUCGCACUCAUCCCGGCCCCCGAGCUGGUGGAGCGGGUCCAGUCGGUGGAUUUCAUGCGCACCGACCCGGUCUGCCAGAAGCUGCUGCUGGACGCCAUGAACUACCACCUGAUGCCCUUCAGGCAGCACUGCAGGCAGAGCCUGGCCAGCAGAAUUCGCUCUAACAAGAAAAUGCUCUUAUUGGUUGGAGGGUUACCUCCUGGACCGGACCGGCUACCCAGCAAUUUGGUUCAAUAUUAUGAUGACGAAAAGAAGACAUGGAAAAUACUCACAAUUAUGCCAUACAACAGUGCCCACCACUGCGUUGUAGAAGUAGAAAACUUCUUGUUCGUGUUGGGCGGAGAGGACCAAUGGAAUCCAAAUGGAAAGCACAGUACAAAUUUUGUCAGCCGAUAUGAUCCCCGAUUUAAUAGCUGGAUUCAACUUCCACCCAUGCAAGAAAGAAGAGCCAGUUUCUAUGCCUGUCGGUUGGACAAGCAUUUAUACGUUAUUGGUGGAAGGAAUGAAACCGGCUACUUGUCCAGUGUGGAGUGUUACAACUUGGACACAAAUGAAUGGCGUUAUGUAUCCUCUUUGCCUCAGCCUCUGGCGGCUCAUGCAGGAGCGGUGCACAAUGGGAAGAUAUACAUUUCAGGGGGUGUACACAAUGGAGAAUAUGUCCCAUGGCUAUAUUGCUAUGACCCCGUUAUGGAUGUCUGGGCUCGAAAACAAGAUAUGAACACAAAACGUGCCAUCCACACGUUGGCUGUAAUGAAUGAUCGCUUGUAUGCAAUUGGAGGAAAUCAUUUGAAAGGCUUCUCACACCUUGAUGUCAUGCUGGUGGAAUGUUAUGACCCAAAAGGCGACCAGUGGAACAUUCUCCAAACUCCCAUUUUGGAGGGUCGGAGUGGUCCUGGCUGUGCAGUGCUCUAUGACAGCAUUUACCUCGUGGGUGGUUACAGCUGGAGUAUGGGGGCCUAUAAGUCAUCUACAAUAUGCUACUGUCCAGAGAAAGGAAGCUGGACAGAACUUGAAGGAGAUGUAGCAGAACCACUGGCAGGCCCUGCUUGUGCAACAGUUAUCCUGCCUGCCUGUGUACCCUACAACAAAUAACACCGGGAACCCCUGGAAUGAACAGUAUCACAGCCUGAGAAGCAGUGACAGGUGAUGUUGCUGUUCUAGAGGAACCAUGUAUUUUCAUGGUACAACUGCCAAAACCCACCUUUGGUUUCUGAUGACUUACAAAUAACUACAAAAGAAAGAGAACUGUCCUUGAACAGAUAUGGUGUCUGUAACCCAGAGUACACCGACUUCCUGUGGUGACAGACUCUUCACUUCAGACGGGUUCUACCUUGUCCCAGCUUUACAAAAACUCCUCAUCCAGAUGGAUCUUCACUUUCAAAAGGAGGAAGACAAAUACAGAAGACUAGUCCCAGAGAGACUUAAGAUCAGUAUUGUGCAUUGUAGUCUACCUGCAUGUGAUUGAUGUUGAAGUUUGGGGGAUACUGUGUAUAGGAAAGAUUCAAAAUUUGACCCACCAAAAUAUACUGCAUUCCAGCAAUUGCCACUUAAAUUCUGUAUUCCUCACCUUUGGCUACUUCACAAAUGCUAUAGGGAAUAUAAUUGUUGAAAGUCAUAUUAAAGAUUUUUUGUUUUUAUACAACCUUUUUUGAUAUACUUUCUGUGCUAACAGCAUCUCAUGAAUCAGAGGAAAAUAAGUUGCUAGGUCUUGUAGCAAUUGCUUUCUGCCCUAUAGGUAGGUUUUAAGCAAGCCUGAAUCCUAACUUUUGUGUCCUCAAUUCUAUCUGAAAAAUUCAAAUACAAUACACUAUUCAGUUCACCGGGACUCAGGUUUUCUUUUCUUUUUUUUUUUCAGCAUUUAAGUACUGAAGAUACUUCUCUGCCUUAAAAGACAGGACUGACCAAUUCAGUUGGAAUAUUUCAGAAAUUCUGGUGCAUAUCCAGCCUAAAGUUAAUCCAUAAUGAAAAUGGAAAUAUUACUUUCAAGAGUUCAGCAAUGAAAAAAAUAAUUUCUUUUAAGUACAAGCCCAGGUGCCUCUCUGUUACAAAAACCACACAACUUUGCAAAGUUGUAAAGCACCUGACAAAUUAUUUCUCCUUUUCCUUGUCAUUAUUGGCUGGCUCUAGGCACUGGACUUACCUUUGCUGUUUCUCAGCUCAUCACAUUUGAUUUGUUAUCCCCAGAAAAGCCUGAAAUAAGUUAAGUAAGCAAUUGUUACAUGUCUUCUAGGAGCAUGAGGAAUUUAAGAGCAGAGGGUUAGGACAGCAUGACAUAGUUUCAGUGUGGCCAAUCAGAAGAGCAGAACUGGCAAGAACAUGAAUUUGACUUUCAGGUUCUUCAGAGCUUGACCGACAACUCUCACGAGUAUGCAAAAGCCUAAAAUGCUCUUAAUCACCCAAAGAUGCUGAUUAUUCAACAAAUGCCAUGUUCAAGACCACAAUCAGAGGAAGCCACAGAUUACAUGAGGCUUUGGUGAUAAUCCUUCAGCAUCAAUGGAGGAUGGCAAGAUGGAAAAGGAUCCUGGAAUCCAGUGCCGUUUCGACAAUAAAGUGCAAUCUUCAUUGUUUUUGUGUUUAUUUGUAUGUUCAGAUCCAAAGGAUCCGUUGUAAAUAUAUAUAUGUAUAUGAAUAU